CCAACUACCAUUCACGUGAAAGAACCUAGAAAAAGUGAUGCACAGAGGUGAUAGAACAGCAGCACGGUCGAUAAUAGCCUAUAAUAUAGGAGGAUUAGUGAUUUUGUUUUUAAUGCUUUAUUGAUACACAUCAUCAUGUAUCCAGACUCGAGCCCAAACUACAAUGUCUCGAGCUCGUCCAGCAGCAGCAGCAGCAGCAGCACGAGAAGCAGCAGUUUAGCAUCGCCUACCGGAGACAUACCCGCGUGCAGUCAGCGGUCUCAAAGCUCACUCACGAGCGCAUCAUCAGUAGACAGCAGCACGUCUCAGACUGUCUGCGGUGAAACAGACUGUCCACGGCAGUCUCCCUUUGUUCCUACAGUGACUGCAAUCUCAGCCUUCUCGGAUCUGCAGUGGAUGGUCCAACCGACCACCGUCAUCUCAGCAUCUGCCUCCCCCYCCUCCCCCUCCAGCGGCGCAAAGCCUACGAGAGCUCAUGGCGCAACCCAGUCAUCUUCAAGAGCGGGAGGGAGCAAGGAACAAUCCACCAACAAGAAAGGGAAAAAACAGGCUACAUCAGAAGAGGAUGAGAGGAGGAAGAUCAGGAGAGAGAGGAAUAAAGUGGCCGCGGCCAAGUGCCGCAACAGACGGAGAGAGCUCACCGACACCCUGCAAGCCGAAACUGAUCAGCUUGAAGAGGACAAAGAAGCCUUGCAGACAGAGAUAGCMCACCUCCUGAAAGAGAAAGAGAGUYUGGAACAGAUCCUWUCCGCCCACCAGCCAGCCUGCAAACUAGCCGCCGCUGAAGACAACAGCGUGGAAGAAGACAUCGACGAAGACAUCGACGAAGACAUCGACCGCAUGCUCCAGGACCCUCCGGAUUCCCCCCAGCUGCUCUCCAUCUUGGAGAACGAAGACAAACUCCAACUCCCAGAGGGAAAUGCAACACUAGUGACUGUGUCCGACACUCCUUCGCUUCAGGACAUGGAAACUGUUGUGGUGCCCUCGAGCAUCUCCAUCUCUGCGUCGGCCAUCUUGGGUAACUCCAACAUCCUGCUGUGCUCCAGCGCUGAGGAAGAACCCAUGGAUGACCUAAACUUCGACCAAGAUGACUUGGACGAUCUGGUCCCUAGCCUGGAACUCAACACGUCUGUGGCCCCUCAGAACGCCCCGUCUGUCCCCGACAUCGACCUCCUCGGGGGCCCCUUCUGCCUCUCAGACUGGGAGACUCUGUACAAGUCGGUGUCCAACAAUCUGGAGCCUCUCUGCACCCCUACGAUGAUGUCUUCCAGUGACAGUCCUACCUGUAGCAGUUACCGCUCUGUGUUUAGUUUGAAUUACUCAGAGAUAGACUCUUUGGCGGGGACAGGAGUUGCAACUCCAGCUCUGAGGCCCUCAAAGGAGGUGUUGGUGGUAGAUCUGAUUUGAUGAACUCUGAACUCUCCCACACUGUUGACCUUGUGACACUGUUAUGGGACUGGUGGAACAUAUACAUAUAGGGCUGGUUUCCCCACACACAGAUUAAGCCUUAGUCUUCGAUUAAAAAGCAGUUGUUCAAUGAUGAUUCUCCUUUGCUUCUUUAGUCCAGGACUAGGCUUAAUCUGUGUCUGAUAAACACGGCCCGUGAGUU